GGCUGUGAGAAGCAGUAAACAUGGAACACUUUGAGGCUGCUCCAGGUUGCUAUAAAGCUCCUCAUCUGUAGAUGACAGCAGCAGAUGUUUGUGGAGCUGGCAUGAAAAUGGCUUCUCAGUGGAACACUGCCCGUGUGAGCAGUGUAGAGAGGAAGGUGCCCCACACCCGUAUGGAGGAUGAGGCUGACCUCCAGCAAAUAUGCUCAUUUGGGAGGAAAUUAGGUCAAGGUAGCUUUGGUGUCGUCUGUGAAGCCACCCACAAUGAGACAAGGAAGAAAUGGGCUAUUAAGAAGGUGAACAAAGAGAAGGCUGGAAGUUCAGGUGUCAAACUGUUGGAACGGGAAGUGAGCAUCCUGAAACGUGUGAACCAUGCACACAUAAUACAUCUGGAGGAAGUCUUUGAAACACAAAAGAGGAUGUAUCUGGUUACUGAGCUGUGUGAGGGAGGGGAGCUGAAGGAGCUCCUUCAGAAGAACACACGCUUCACAGAGGAGGAGACCAGGCACAUCAUCAACAGCCUGGCUGAGGCCAUCGUCUACCUGCAUAAGAAGGACAUAGUUCACCGAGACCUGAAACUGGAGAACAUUCUAGUGAAGAGUUAUCAUCAUGGUGUUGAUAAUGACAUGAUCAAUAUCAAGGUGACAGACUUUGGGUUGUCAGUGAAGAAGGGGGGUGUUGGCAGUGAGAACAUGCUGAAAGCCACCUGUGGGACUCCUAUCUACAUGGCUCCUGAGGUGAUCAGUGCUCAUGAGUACAGUCAGCAGUGUGAUGUGUGGAGUAUUGGGGUCAUCAUGUACAUGCUGAAAGCUGUGUGACUGACGGGUCUGCCUCCAUUCAUCGCCACCUCUGAGGAAAGACUCUUUGAGAUGAUCAGGAAGGGAGAACUCCACUUUGACGGACCCAUCUGGGACUCUAUCAGUGAUGCAGCCAAAAAAGUGUUGAGUUGCCUCCUGAAAGUUGAACCCCCCCUUUGCAUCACAGCCAAUGAGCUGCUGGAUAACCCCUGGAUACAGGGUGACACCAACACUUUGGCCACACCCAACAACGUGCUGGAGAUGAUGCGUCUGUACCAGGAGGUGGAGAGUAAGGAGGAGAGCGAGGUGGUCAGUGACGUGCUGAACGAGCUCUCUGUCAGCUGCUCCCAGGACACGCACAGUAACCGCAGGAACAUUGCUGAGCUCAGCUAUGAGGGAGACACAGACGGUAGCAGCAGCAAACCCACCACCCCCACUAAACAGAGACAGAAGAAGAAGGUUGCUGCCUCAUCGUCCAAUGGACUCAAAACCAACGGCUCUGCUGUGAAAGUCUGCAACUCCCUCAGUCCCCCCACUUCACAGCCUGGAAUGUAUAAGGUCUGA